CGGGGAAGCCACUCUCCGAAUGUCACGGAUCGGGCGACCACCCAUAUCCUCCCACAUUUGCGUGCAUUUGCAGGUCGACGAAGACAUAUGCUAACUGCUGCAAACUCAGAAGCGUCGAACUGGUGGAGAGAUGGGACGAGGAACGAGGGCGUAUGACCGUCACCCAGCGCAUGAUGGAAGCCGACGGACAUACGGCAACCUACUUACCCUUUGCUACUAUGGAGACGCUGAUGUCCACAAAUGGCCAGACACGGGAAAGAAGAGGUCCUGGGAGCUCGUGCUCAUGGCCAUCGAGCAUAACGAUGCCGAAAGUAAAGAGAAAGCUGAUCCGGCAUUCCGGCAUGCGGCGACUUCACUUGAAUUUCUGCCUAUGCCCGAGGGAGAAUGGACGCCGAAACCCCUAGGCAAGUUUCUCAGCACCGGAUGGAAUGAUCGUGUCGACCAGUACAUCGCAUCCGGCCAAGACACUCGGAGUGUAUCCAAGAUCGAACAGGCCGCCAAGCUGGAUCCGUUUUUCCUGCCCCUCUGGAAGCGAUGUGAAGCGUCCGGGCGUACAACGAUAGAGCGUCCGGGGCUCAAAAUGAAACGCUGUCACGGGUGUCAGAAAAUAUAUUACUGCGGCGCGCCGUGCCAGAAAGCACAUUGGAGAGAGCACAAGGAUGCAUGCAAGAGAGGGGACCAUCCGCUGCAGAUGUUGCGAUCGCAGAGGAUCUACUCGACUAUUCUCAAUGAGGUCAUCAAGCCUGCGGAAGAACGUAGAUGGCUCGAAGAACGUAGUGCGGAGGAUCCCAAUGUGUCAGAGGACUGACUGAUGUGCGAGGCCGCCUGAUCCACGUCGUCGUAGAUUAGCGGAAGGUGCGGGGAGGUGCGAGCUCUCAGAACGAGAACAGUGCUCCGAGUUGGAUGACUUG